GGUUUUCCUUGCUCUGAUUUGAGCGGCGAUGCUUUUCUCAUAGAAAUAAAAAAUUAUUUUUGAAAGCCCAAGCCUUAAAAUGGCCAGGAAGAGACUUACAAGCAGUGUGGCUUGUAAGCUUGUCAGUAGGGGAAUUAAAUUCUUAAAAAAUCAGUGCUUUUACAGCUAAAGCAAAGCUUGGAGUAGAGAGCAUCAGCAGCUUGAGCUGUUUGUGCAGCAGGGUUUGGAUGGACAGAGGCCUGCCCAAGUGAGUCAGGUAACCUGCCAGGGACUUCAGCAGAAUCAUACUGCAAAAUUUCUAUGGAGUGUGCCUGAAAAAGGUUAUUUUUAUGGAUUGUGCAUGGCGUGUGUGCGUACACGUGAAUAUUCUUAUAUGUAUUUGUACGUGGGUGUCUCUUAUCUGAGUCAGCAGCUGAUAGGUUUGCUUUUUGGUUUGUGUUUAGAUAUUAUUCUCAAGAUAUUACUGUUUUUUUCUUUCCAGGCUUUGGUUAGUGUUUUAGACUCAUAACAUAUUUCUCUGAAGCUGAUGUUUUCCUAACACUUUCAGCUUGGCUUUAAAAGCUACUUUGCUGGAAUGUUUUAAACGGUUAAAAAAAUCUCUAGGAUUUGAAGUUUAUUUAAAUCAAAAGAAAUACUUCCGGCCUCACCAAAGAAGUAACUGGAAUCAUGGAUCAGAACAACAGUUUGCCACCCUACGCUCAAGGCUUAGCCUCCCCUCAGGGUGCAAUGACUCCAGGAAUUCCAAUUUUCAGCCCAAUGAUGCCAUAUGGCACAGGACUGACACCGCAGCCUGUCCAGAGCACCAACAGUCUGUCCAUUUUGGAGGAACAGCAGCGGCAGCAGCAGCAGCAGCAAGCAGCACAGCAAUCCACGUCACAGCAAGCGACACAGGGAACAUCUGGUCAAACCCCCCAGCUCUUCCAUUCACAGACUCUUACCACAGCCCCUUUACCAGGAACCACACCUCUGUACCCCUCUCCAAUGACUCCAAUGACUCCAAUAACUCCUGCAACUCCGGCAUCAGAGAGCUCUGGCAUAGUGCCACAACUACAGAAUAUUGUGUCCACAGUGAAUCUUGGUUGCAAACUUGACCUAAAAACUAUUGCACUUCGUGCCCGAAAUGCUGAAUAUAAUCCCAAGCGUUUUGCUGCUGUUAUUAUGAGAAUAAGAGAACCACGUACUACUGCACUGAUAUUCAGCUCUGGAAAAAUGGUGUGCACAGGAGCAAAAAGUGAGGAGCAAUCCAGACUGGCAGCAAGGAAGUAUGCAAGAGUUGUUCAGAAACUGGGUUUUCCUGCAAAAUUUUUGGAUUUUAAAAUUCAGAAUAUGGUGGGCAGCUGUGAUGUGAAAUUUCCCAUCAGACUGGAAGGAUUGGUACUCACACACCAGCAGUUCAGCAGCUACGAGCCAGAAUUGUUUCCUGGCUUAAUCUACAGAAUGAUUAAGCCAAGAAUUGUUCUGCUUAUUUUUGUUUCUGGAAAAGUGGUUUUAACUGGUGCUAAAGUACGAGCAGAAAUCUAUGAAGCAUUUGAAAACAUCUAUCCUAUUUUAAAGGGAUUCAGAAAGACAACGUAACAGUUUCUACAUGUUUCAGAGAAAUCAGGGGUAUAUUUUAAAAGGUAUUGUGUAUGGCACAGCAGUAACAAAAAAUGGACUUCCAGUGCAACUGCAACACCAGGACAUGGACUAUUUCCCAGUUAGUGCCUACUUCCCUGAUGCUCAAGGGGAACUGUAUUCUUGAAUAUGUCUACUGAGUUACUGUGAGUUGCUUUACUGGGCUGUUCCUGGAGUAGCCCCUCCAACUUUUAUUUAUAUUCUAGCUUUUAAAUAGUUUUAAUGCCAGUUCCAUUAAUAGAAAAUCUCUAAGUUGGUUUAAAGACAAAUGCAACUGUGUCACUCAGUGUAUAAACCACUUAAAUUGCCAUGUAUAUAUGUUUUAAGUUCCUUCCCUAAGACCAUGGUUUUUAUAAUUUUCAGAACUUUAGCUUUUAAAUUUUUUCAAUUUUAAAUUUCUUUAGUGCCAGACACAUUCCCUCUUUCCAGUAUUAAGCAAGAUAGAAUAAAUUUAUUAAUUAAAAUGGCUCACUGUACAUAUAUAUAUAAUAUAUUCCUUUCUUCUCUUUCUUUCUUCAACUCCACAUGUACAAUAAACCCUGUUUAUACAACCAUGGGAACUGUCUUAAUAAAUCUCAAAAUUACCCAGCUGGUAGAAUGAAAUAAAUUUAAUUUUUU